AUGAGGCUGUCUGUGUCCUUCUACGUCACCUACGCCCUGUGCCUGAGCUUGGGCCUGCUCUGUGUGCUGUUUGUGACCUGCUGGAGCUCAUACUGGAGAGGCGGCCUCUCCUGGGCAGAUCCUGCUCUGAAGUUCAACUGGCAUCCCGUCCUCAUGGUGUCCGGGCUGCUGGUUCUGUAUGGCAAAGCGCUUGUUGUGUAUCGUGUCCCGUUCACCUGGAAGCAGAAGAAGCGCACCUGGAAGCUGGUGCAUGCCGGACUGAUGCUUUUGGCCCUGGUUCUGUCUGUCUUGGGCCUGUGUGCCGUGUUUGAGGUCCACAGAGACUCCCACAUCCCUAAUCUGUACUCUCUGCACAGCUGGGUGGGCAUGUGUACAAUGGUGAUGUUUUCACUCCAGUGGAUCCUUGGCCUGGCUGGUUUCAUGUUUCCUUGUUCUCCGCUGUGGUUCCGCGAAGCCUUGAAACCCAUCCAUGUCUGGGUGGGAAAAGCCAUCUUGAUCCUCAGUCUGACCUCUUGCAUCAGUGGUAUCGAUGAGAACCUUUUUCUCGCUCUCAAUGGAAGCAGUGCUGAACCUUACAACACACUGCCCGUGGAAGCAAAGUUUGCCAAUUCCCUCGGCAUGCUCAUCGUGGCCUUCGGGUUGGUCGUCUUUGGCAUCCUGUCCAAGAGCAAAUGGCAGCGGCCAGAAACGGAUGGCGAAAGUGCCCCUCUUAUGCUCAAUGAAAACAACACAUGAGCGCACUGAAUACACCGCAGGAAGACAAAGAGUCCACGGCGCUCGUCCUGAGCAGAAGAAAACUGGACUGGAUUACACAACUCACUGAAAACUUUCCACUUUGAUUUAAUGUUGUUUUUGUUUAAUGUGGUUUGUAGUAUUCAAGUAGACAUUUUUUUCCAUUUCAUACAUGAUGUGUUUUUAUGCUUGAUGAUUCCCUAUGUUAACAUUUAGUGAAUCUUUUUUUUCAAUAAAUGACAGAAAUGUGUGUUAGACAUCAUCGUGACAGCUUCACAAAAUUGGAUCUCUGAUAUUAAAUAUAUGGUUAUUAAAUUCAACUCCAGUCAGGAUGUUUCAUGCCAUCCUACAAAUGAUCUUUGCUGCUAUUGACCGACAAGUGAGAAUUUAAUUUAGUCUGUGGAAUUUUAUUAACAGUGUAUAGACAUUUAGAAAACUCACCAGGGUAAUUUGAGUGUCAUUAUUGGUAAUAUAAUUCACUUGUGAAACUGAUGAACUAAAGCUGCAGUACUGCUAAAACUUAAUGUAUUUCAGACUCGGACCACUAGAGGUCAGAGUCAUGCAGCAGUAACACUUGUACCACGUAGAUUCAGUUGGGGUGUGAGGAACAAAAAGUAUGCAGUGAUAAAAUGAAUUUGAUUAAUAGUGACAAUUAAAUAAUAUACACAGACAUAUGCAGUAUUUCCGUACUUUUUACACUUUUUACAGUUUGACGGUUUGAAAAUUGGAUAAUUCUCAUCAAUAAUUCAAAUAUAACAUUUUCUGAAAUGAGGAAUGUGUGAAAAGAAAAGAAAAGAAAAGAAAAAUAAAGAAAAGAAAAGAAAAAUUAAAACAGAAAAAAAUAAUAGUCUAAUAUUGCAGCACCCAUCCCUUACUGAAGGUGGCAGUAUUACAUCUUCAGAUGGUCACAAAUUAAAAUACAAAGAAGAAGAAAGGCACCUCCUCUAAGGUCAGAGUUCACCUGCUAGCCUGUCACAACAAACCAGCUAGCAUUGUAGCUAACAUCAUCCGAAAAGACUAUUUACUGUCAAAAUGGAUGUAAAUCAAGCGAAACA